UAAAUCCUCACAAACCCCCACGCGCUACAGUCCCCAAAUCAAAACGAGAAAUAAGCAUCUUUUUAGCCGCCUCCCCAAACAAUGUGAACGAAAUUGGCUAUGAGAAUCUGAUUGCUCCUCUCCUCUCCUCUCCUCUCAAAACCAUCAGGAGAUUUGCAGUAACGUGAAGGUCUAUUCUUGCAAAGCUUCUGCAGCGAAAUUUUCCAUUAAUUCUCGCUCCUGUUAGAAUCCAUUUGCUGAAAUGGCCGAUAACAAUAACAAUUCACCACCUGUGUCUUCGAAAGAAAACCCAGAUCAUGAUUCUGAGACGAACCUAAUUGCCAAGGAAGAUAGCUCCCUCGCAACUAUAGCCCGUAGGUUUCAGGACUCCAUUUCCUUAGGCAAGACACACAAGUUCUGGGAAAGUCAACCUGUUGGUCAAUUCAAAGACAUUGGUGAUUCAAGUUUGCCCGAGGGCCCUAUUGAGCCUCCAACCCCGCUAUCUGAAGUUAAACAAGAACCAUACAAUCUCCCUACUCAGUAUGAAUGGACCACCUGUGACAUGGAGUCCGAGGAGACUUGCAAUGAGGUCUAUAAUCUCUUGAAAAACAACUAUGUUGAAGAUGAUGAGAACAUGUUUAGGUUUAAUUACUCACAGGAGUUUCUUAGAUGGGCUUUGUGUCCCCCGGGUUACUAUCCAAGCUGGCACAUUGGGGUUCGUGCCAAAGCUUCCCAGAAGCUCGUUGCUUUCAUCACAGGUGUCCCUGCAAGGAUUCGGGUGCGUGAUGAAGUUGUGAAAAUGGUUGAGAUCAAUUUCUUGUGUGUUCAUAAGAAGCUUCGGUCGAAGAGACUUGCCCCUGUUAUGAUUAAGGAGGUUACUAGGAGGGUUCAUUUAGAGAAUAUUUGGCAAGCAGCAUAUACUGCUGGCGUGGUUCUUCCAACACCAAUAACAACCUGUCAGUAUUGGCACAGGUCUUUGAACCCGAAGAAGCUUAUUGAUGUUGGCUUUUCAAGGCUUGGUGCAAGGAUGACAAUGAGUCGGACAAUAAAACUCUACAAGUUACCAGAUUCCCCCGCCACCCCUGGAUUUAGAAAAAUGGAACUUCGUGAUGUACCUGCUGUUACAAGGUUGCUAAGAAAUUACUUGAGCCAGUUUGUUGUUGCACCUGAUUUUGAUGAGAAUGAUGUGGAGCACUGGCUUCUUCCAACUGAGAACGUGGUUGAUAGUUACUUGGUUGAGAGUCCAGAGACUCAUGAGAUCACUGACUUCUGCAGCUUCUACACGCUUCCAUCCUCUAUCCUAGGCAACCAGAAUUACUUGACGUUGAAAGCUGCCUAUUCAUAUUACAAUGUUAGCGUGAAGACUCCAUUGCUUCAGUUAAUGAAUGAUGCACUGAUUGUUGCCAAGCAGAAGGAUUUUGAUGUUUUUAAUGCAUUGGAUGUCAUGCAUAACGAGUCUUUCCUGAAAGAACUGAAAUUUGGACCAGGUGAUGGGCAACUACACUACUAUCUUUACAAUUACCGCUUACAGCAUGCCUUGAGACCCUCGGAACUGGGGCUUGUCCUCUUAUAGAUUGAAAUAUCUGGAAGUUGGUUCUGUAGUAUCUUUUUUUUUUUUUUUUUUUGAUUUACGUGGGGUGUCCGGGCCAGCUUACGCGCACCACGACUAUUCCCCACGGCCCACUGGACAUCCUGCAAGCCCAGGAGCAGGUAAGGCACCGCGGGGGUGACAGGCGUGCACAUAGAGGGUCGAACCCGGGACGGGGGCGGAACAAGUCACACGGUUGACCACAGCAGCUAGACCCUCAAGUGCGUUCUGUAGUAUCUUUGAUUGAAUGGGUAUGUGGUUGCCCGUAUUUUUGUUUUCCCUCAGCACUAGGAUCAGAUUAUGCACUGUAUUUGAGAAAAAAAGCUUGUGUUUCCAUAAGCUUAAGUUUUUGAGGCAAUUGCAAUGUUAUUCGCUAUUCAGUAUGUUCUCUGGACACGAAAAAAAUUGUUGAGAGCUUGAAUAACCCUUUUAUUCAGGGUUCAUGUCGCCAA